AUGAGCGAAAACGGCGAAUUUGUGGAGGGGAGCUACUGGCUCUAUGCCCCAAACAAGGGGGCUCCGGUCUUCUUCGCGGUUGCGUUCUGCAUUUCCGGGCUCUGGCAGCUAUGGCAAGGCUAUCGCUACAAAUGCUGGCAUGUUACCUGGCACUACGCCACAGUCGCGGCCAUAUUCACGGCAGGCUUCAUUACCAGGGAGAUAGGAGCGUUCCAUUACGACAGUCUCCCCGUAUAUAUAGCAAGCGUAUGCCUGGUAUACGCAGCGCCUCCACUGUACGAGGCAGCCAACUACCACAUCCUUGGCCGCGUGCUGUUCUACGUCCCGUAUCAUUCGCCAAUUCACCCCGGCCGCGUGUGGACGACCUUCGCCUUCCUAGCGGCAGUCGUCGAGAGCCUCAGCGGCAUUGGCGCGUCGUACACGGCGAACGUGUCCCUCCCGCAGUCGAUGCAGGACACGGGCAAGGCGCUGCUGAAGACGUCACUGAUAUUGCAGCUGGUGAUCGUCAACUGUUUCGUGGCGCUGGCGGUGACAUUCCACCGGCGGUGCCUCAAGGCCGGGAUCCACAACCGCAACGUGAACAGCUCGAUGCUGACGCUGUAUGUCAGCACGGCGCUGAUCGAGGCGCGCACCAUCUACCGCACCGUCGAGUACUUCCAGCUCGCGGGCGUGCAGAUCCGGCGGGGCAUGAGCCCGAACGAGCUGCCGCCCGAGUGGCGGUACGAGUGGUUCUUCUACGUCUUCGAGGCGUCGCUCAUGCUCGUCAACGCGUACCUGUGGAACUUCCGCCACGCCAGCAAGUACCUGCCCACCAACACCAAGGUGUUCCUUGGCACGGACGGGGUGACCGAGAUCGAGGGCCCGGGCUACAAGGACAAGAGGGGGUUUCUCGCAACCCUGCUUGACCCUUUCGACUGGUACGGGAUGGUGACCGGCCGCGACAAGAAGGACCGGUUCUGGGAGGCCGGUCAGGGACAGGGCGAGGUGGUUGGAGCGAAGGGCGAGGCCAAGUCAGCCAGCCACGAAACUGCCUGA